GAAGUAUUGUGGUGUUCGCAUCAUAUGCAAAUAAGAAUUUUCAAUUGUCAGCACAUUUUUACUGCGGAAAGAAGGAUCAUCGAGGGAAAUGUGAGCUUUUACGAGUUUCAACAUGAAUCAAACCAAAGAAGGAACAGUCUGUCUUCACAUCACAUUAGUCAUACRAGAAGACACCAGMGAACGAAUUGUAUUGUUUACCAUGCUUAUUCUGAACUGUUUAACUGCAGUUUUAACCAUAUUUCAAAAUUCAAUCAUCAUUUGGACUGUCUUGAAGAAUUCAAACCUUCAUCGACCAUCGUUCGUUCUACUCGUUUGUCUUGCAUUUACCGACUUUGCAACGGCYUUGAYAUCUCAAACAGCUUUUGUUGUCUACAGUUUGGCAAAGUAUCAUCGUAAUUGGGAACAAUACUGCAAURCAGUCUACGUUAUAAUCUGUUCUUCAGUGAUCYUAUCUGGAGUUUCCCUGGGWACACUAUCACUUGUCAGCAUCGACAGAUAUUUUGCUCUACAYUUCCAUCUUCGAUACAACGAGUUGGUCACCAAUCAACGUGUUCUGAUUCUAUUUGCCUUGCUCUGGGUAGCUAUGUCAAUGACYCUUGUACCAAGAUUCCUKGGAGAAGUGARUACUUUUACAGUCAUUUUGACAAUUGGCUGUACCSUUUYGAUCUUGACCAUCUUUUUUUGCUACUGGAAAAUCUUCAAAAUAACACAAMGACAYCAUCGCGAGAUCGAUAGCAUAGAAAACGCGACGAGACCCAACCAAGUCCGCCCUGAGAAUAUUUUGAAGAUCAGAAAGUCUUCCGUCACUUUCUUGAUGAUAACUCUAGUUUUGAUAGUAUUUAUGACUCCAUAUGUCGUAUUCACAUUAUGUUUUGUUAUAAUUGGAUACCAAGGUUUUGUUGUUCUAUUGGGUGAUAUUUCUAUUGCUAUUUUGUUAGCUAAUUCAGCAGUCAAUCCAGCCAUUUACGUAUGGCGUCUUACCGAGCUACGAAAUGCUGUUCUGCGUGAACUGUCAUCUUGUUUUAAACGUAAAAGCUAAAUCAAGAGACCUAGGGGGACUACCCUCUUGCUAGAACAACUUUGCUUCCUAGUAGGGACAACUGAAUGUCCCUACAGCUGUCUUCUUUUUACCUCUGCAAUGAASGGUCUGGUUAUCGUCUCAGUCACACUGAAAUGUGGGAUGAUUUUUGGGCCAAAUUGACCGAGUAGCUCUGGUUCCGAGUCUCUACUUCGUACCGCUGAGCAUGUGCAACU